AUGAAUUCAGUUGCAUCAAUGAACCUGCUUACACGUUAUGAUAUUAUCAAUGGAAAAACUUACAAUGAGCAAGCACAAAAAAUUUUCGAAAGUGUUACAGAACGUUUGAGGAAAUAUCCCUUUGUUCUCACAAAAAUGGUCAGUAUAUUACAAAAGCAUGUCAUUGUGGUUGGUUCAAGAAAUUCAUGGCUGCAAAAUGUAAACGACCACUUGAAACUAUUAGUAACCGCGACAGAUUUUUCCACUGCUUACAUCUGUGAAAAAUUUGAAUGCUCGUUACCAGUUACAUCGGUAAAGGAACUGAAAGAUAACAGGAAGACGUUUGCGCUGAAAUCUGAAGUAAAUGUUUUCGAUGACAUCUUCCGAAAGUUCAAUUUUCAACACACUGAUGAUGGUGCUGCCCAACAGGAACACUCUAUGCUUCAACUAUACUGCAGUAAUAGCAGCAUAGGUCGUAAGCUGAUAAAAGGAGCAUUACGAUUGAUGUCCUCAUAUUUAUAUAGAUUAUCGCCUCAUUUCAUCAAAAAGCAAUUAUUGGAUGAUAAAGUGGCUCUCAUUUUUAAAUAUCCUCAGAUACUUUGUCUCAGGUAUCCAAAUAUUUCUCACCUUUAUGCAACAGUUGUACAUGAAGGACUCUUGAAGUUAAUUGAUGAUUUAUGA